GUACUAACUUCGUACUAUAAACACCUCUCUUUUUGUGUUCUCCCCCCACUUUUCUCUCCUCUCUUACUUACCGGUGACCCCCUUUCCUUCUUCCUCAAGGGGUCGCCCCUCUUUCUCUCUCUAUCACUUCCUGUCUAAAAACCACAAAACAUCAUCUGCAGUACUGCAAAAUUCAACACAAAACAUCUGCUACUGCAAAAUUCAAUUCAAACUCAAAAGCCAGAACCAGACAUGUCGGAGAUAGCAACAACAGAUCCGGAGGGGAUCGACGGAGUGCGCAUGACAUGGAACGUUUGGCCUCGCACCAAGGUCGAAGCCAGCAAGUGUGUCAUCCCAAUCGCCGCAUCCAUUUCUCCGAUCCGUCCCCACCCCGAGAUCGCCACCCUCCCCUACGCGCCGCUGCGAUGCAAGACCUGCGCCGCCGUGCUCAACCCCUUUUGCCGCGUCGACUUCGCCGCACUCAUCUGGAUCUGCCCCUUCUGCUUCCAGCGCAACCAGUUCCCCCACCACUACUCCGCCGUCUCCGAAACCAAUGUCCCCGCCGAACUCUACCCCCAAUACACAACCAUCCAAUACUCUCUCCCCAGCUCCAACUCUCUCUCGAGCCCCAACAACCCCGACCCCUCUCCUCCUCCGGUGCCGUCUCCGGUGUACCUUUUCGUCCUUGAUACGGUCAUGAUCGAGGAGGAAUUGGAGUUUGUAAAAUCGGCGAUGAAGCAGGCAAUUGGGUUAUUGCCUGAUAAUGCUCUGGUUGGGUUUGUCUCGUUUGGGACGCAGGUUCAGGUUCAUGAAUUGGGGUUUUCGGACAUGUCAAAGGUUUAUGUGUUUCGGGGCUCGAAGCAAAUGUCGAAAGAUCAGGUUUUGGAGCAGUUGGGACUCCGCGGUGCAGGGCGGAGAACCGGACCUGGGUUUCCGAAGGGGGGACAAGGUGGGCUUCCAGAUUCAGGGAUUACGAGGUUUUUGUUGCCGGCUUCGGAAUGUGAAUAUACCCUCGAUUCGCUGUUGGACGAGUUAGGCACGGAUCAGUGGCCUGUUACACCCGGUAGUCGGGCAUUACGGUGCACGGGAGUAGCAUUGAGCAUCGCAACUGGUUUGCUUGGAGCUUGUUCGCCUGGAACUGGAGCCCGAAUUAUAGCUUUAGUGGGUGGUCCAUGCACAGAAGGUCCGGGCACGAUUGUAUCAAAAGAUCUUUCUGAUCCAGUUCGUUCCCAUAAAGAUCUUGACAAGGAUGCAGCACCAUUUGUCAGAAAAGCAGUCCAAUUCUACGAUGAACUUGCAAAGCAGCUGGUCAGCCAGGGUCAUGUUUUGGACCUUUUUGCUUCUGCACUUGAUCAGGUUGGGGUUGCAGAGAUGAAGGUUGCUAUUGAAAGAACUGGUGGCCUAGUUGUUCUAGCUGAAAGUUUCGGUCAUUCUGUUUUCAAAGAUUCUUUCAAGCGUGUUUUUGAAGAUGGGGAGCAGUCUCUUGGCCUCUCCUUCAAUGGUGCACUCGAGAUCAACUGUUCAAAGGAUAUCAAAAUUCAAGGAAUCAUUGGACCUUGCACGUCUUUGGAGAAGAAAGGACCUAGUGUAGCCAAUACAAUCAUCGGGCAAGGGAAUACUACAGCUUGGAAGAUGUGUGGUCUCGAUAAAAGUACUUGCUUGACCAUUUUCUUUGAUAUUUCAUCUAGUGAAAAAUCCGAUCCUUCAGGAAAUUCAAAUCCACAGUUGUACAUACAGAUUCUUACAAGUUUCCAGGUUCCUGAAGGUCAAACAAGGCUGCGAGUUACAACCAUCACUAGAAGAUGGAUAGAUAGUGCUGUUGGUUCGGAGGAAUUAGUACAAGGAUUUGAUCAGGAAACUGCUGCUGUAGUAAUGGCAAGAUUAACGUCUUAUAAAAUGGAAAUGGAGGAAGGGUUUGAUGCGACACGGUGGUUGGAUCGGAGUCUUAUUCGUCUCUGUUCCAAAUUUGGUGACUACCGGAAGGAUGAUCCGGCAUCUUUUACGCUGAACCCCUGUUUUUCAUUGUUCCCUCAGUUUAUGUUUAAUUUACGUCGGUCGCAAUUUGUGCAGGUGUUUAACAAUAGUCCAGAUGAAACAGCCUAUUUCCGCAUGCUAUUAAACCGAGAGAAUAUAGCCAACUCUGCCGUCAUGAUACAGCCAUCACUAAUAUCAUAUUCGUUCAAUUCGCUGCCUGCACCAGCUUUGCUGGAUGUGGCUUCUAUAGCAGCUGAUCGUAUUCUCUUGCUGGAUUCUUAUUUCAGUGUAGUUGUUUUCCAUGGAAUGACAAUCGCUCAGUGGCGAAACAUGGGUUACCAAAGUCAACCCGAACACCAGGCAUUUGCACAGUUGUUGCAAGCUCCUCAUGAUGAUGCCCAACUGAUCAUACGAGAUCGGUUCCCUGUCCCGAGAUUGGUGGUAUGCGAUCAGCAUGGCUCCCAGGCAAGAUUCCUAUUAGCGAAGUUGAACCCAUCAGCUACGUAUAAUAAUGCUCAUGAGAUGGCUGCUGGGACGGAGAUGAUCUUCACAGACGAUGUGAAUCUUCAAGUGUUCUUUGAGCAUCUUCAGAGGCUGGCUGUGCAAUCGUCUUGAGACCACUGAAAGAUGGAGAAUUCUUCACUUAUUUGUGGGUUCUUGAUUUUUUGAAAUCCGUGGAGUGAGUUUUUUUUAACCCUUCUCCGAUAUUCUCUUGUUCCAUUAAGUUCUAUAGCUUUCUUUCCACCAUUGGUUAGAUGAGAGAGUUCAGACCCUGCAUUAUUUGAGCGUAAAAGAAAAGCACUUAUCAUUCUUUGUGGGUGUUGGGGAGGUAAUUGCUUCCUUGAAAGAAUAAGGGAUACGAGGUCGGUUGAUCCUCGAGUACGCCAUGUAAAGGACGAUGAUGUAAGUUAAGUGGCUCCCCUGUUUUCAGCAGCAGGGUCACGGGAAGACAUUGUCAUUUUUUCCCCCAAAGUCUUCUAUGAGCUAGGUCAGAAGUUUAUCUUCUGUGUAUUUGAAUUUUAAGGUUAUAUUCUUGAAGCCUAGGUUCCUAGGUUGACAAGUUCUGUUUGUUUUACCAUUUAGGAAAAGAAAAAAGUUGUGUUUGUUUCUUGUCUCUCUCUCACAUUCUCAUCAUAUUUGGUUAUUGAUAUAGUACUAAUAUGCGCACGUGGAAGAGCUCACCAUCUGCUCUAUCUUCAAUCUCUUGUAUUAUCAUUGUGUGUGUUAUUUGCAGAAACAAAACUCGAAUCCUACUCUAAUUAUCUUCUUCUUUUUCUU